AUGCUCAAAUCGACCUACGUGCCGUCGGCGGCAGCCGCAGCAAGCAACGCGCCACUGCCGCCCGACUGGACAGAACACACGGCGCCGACCGGACAUACAUAUUACUACAACGCCGAGACGAGAGAGUCGACAUACAAGCGGCCCGGCGCCCCUCCCACCCCCGAACCGACACCCCAACAGCCACAGUCCUAUCUCCCGUAUGCUGGAAUGCCGUCGCUGGCAGACCCCAAGGUUGCCAACGCCUUUCUUGCCCAGCACAACCGCGGGCCGCAACAACAGCAGCAUCAGCGUCAGGAUCAUGGCAAAGGCGCAACACGGCCUCGCCCACAGCCCAUAGAUAAACCUCGGAGAAAGGUCCCUAUCCCAGGUCACGAGCCAUGGAUCCUCGUGUACACCAAGUACUCGCGACGCUUCGUCUACAAUUCAGCCAAGAACGCGAGCUACUGGCGCAUACCCGAGAAGCUGAUGCCAGCCAUCCUGGAAAUGGACAAGAAGCGCAUACAGCAGAAGGCUACUGGGGAUCAAGACACGGCUGAAGGUCAGGGCGACGAUGCUGGCGACGGGUCGGAAUACGAGGAAGUCGAAGUGACGGAUGACGAGGGCGACGGAGAGAACGACGUCGAAACACACCCUAAUAAACGACUACGGACUGGCGAUACCGACAACGACGAUCCAGAAGAACGAGAAGAAGAGCUGGAGCAGGAUGCCGGCCCUCUCGAAUUCACGGAAGACGACAUCGCGAUGCAGCUACAAAUGAUGGGCGAAGAAUACGGGCUCGAACCAGGCGAGUACGAUGACGGAAGCAACCCGCAGGAUUUGCCCGACGGCGCCGAGGGCCUCGCGUUUUCGCAGGAGGAGUCCGAGCUACUCUUCGCCGACCUCCUCGACGACCUUCGCGUCAGCCCGUACAGCUCGUGGGAGAAGCUGCUCGAGGACGGCAAGAUGGUCGACGACCCACGCUACACGGCACUGGCGACGACCAAGGCGCGCAAGGAGUGCCACGACCGGUGGUCGCGCGCACGCAUUGCCGAGCACAAGGCCCAGCGCGCCCAGCAGGCGAAGCGCGACCCGCGCGUCGCCUACCUCGCACUACUGCAGGACAAGGCCACGCCGAAGCUGUAUUGGCCCGAGUUCAAGCGCAAAUACCGCAAAGACGAGGCGAUGCGCGACGCGGCGUUACCGGACAAGGAUAGGGAGAAGCUGUACCGCGAGCACAUAAAUCGUCUGAAGAUGCCGCCGGCGACGCUGAGGGCGGAUCUCACGGCGCUGCUCCGCGCGCAGCCCGUCGCGCAGCUUAACAGCGCGUCCGUCGGGAACGACGCACUCCCAAGCGCCGUCCUCGCCGACGUGCGGUAUAUUUCUCUACCGCCGAGUGUGAGAGACCCUCUCAUCGAGGCGCUUGUUCAAAGCCUGCCACCACCACCGGCGCCGCAGAGUACGUAG